CCCAGUGCACGGCUAUUGUGCGGCUGCCGCGUCCUCUCCUCACACAACAGCGGGCUCCGUUCUCUGGGACAACAUGUAUAUCAAGUGGGGGGUGUCUGCAGCUUGUCUUGCUACCAUUGUGGGUAUAUAUUUACUGCCAUCACCAAUUGAUCCAGAGCCAUUUAAGUUUGAAAAACCACCAUCACUAGUUGGACCAUUGAUGGUAAACCGAAAGCUGCAUCAUGGAAAAAGACAGUUUUAUGGACAGCUGAAAGGCCCAGAGUCAUUUACCAGUGAUCAUGAAGGAAACCUUUAUACUGGCACUGUGGACGGGAAGCUGUGGAUGAUUCAUGGAGAGCAGCUGAAGUUUAUAACUCAGAUGGGGAAGAAUAUUUCCCAGUGUGGCACUCCUGAAUAUGAACCAGUGUGUGGUCGUCCACAUGGGGUUCGAAUGGACACCGAUGGAUAUCUAAUUGUGGCAGAUUCAUACUAUGGAUUAUACAGGGUACAUCCACAAACUGGGGAGAAAUAUCUUCUCAUCUCAAAUGAAGAAGGCGUGGAUGGAGUUCCUUUCAGGUUUUUGAAUGGACUUGAGUUGUCCAGGGACGGCACUAUAUAUUUCACAGAUUCUAGCAACAAAUGGGGAAGACAGCAUCACAGAUAUGAGGUACUGGAAACAAAUCACAGGGGACGCUUAGUACGUUAUGAUCCAGUGACAAAGGAGGUGCGGAGUUUACUGACUGACCUCUACAUGGCUAAUGGAUUGGCCUUAUCGCCAGAGGAGGACUAUAUUUUAAUUGCAGAGACUAGCAUCUCCAGAAUCUUACGCUACUGGUUAGCAGGUAGCAAAGCAGGAGUGAAAGAAAUCUUUGCGGACAACUUGCCAGGCUACCCAGAUAAUAUCAGGAUGUCUAGAGCAGGCACAUACAGAAUUGGGAUAACAACCACACGCUUCCCUGGAUUCUUUCCUCCGUUCCUGGAUGCCAUUGCACCUUAUCCUGCCCUAAAGAGAUUUAUUGUCAAGAUUACACCACUAUCAGCAUACAGCAUCCUGCUAAAGAAGCAUGGCUUAUUCCUUGAACUGAACGCAUAUGGAGAUAUAGUGGACAGCUUUCAUGAUCCAGACGGAGGUGUAACAUGGGCGAUAAGUGAUGUCUAUGAGCACCAAGGAAAGCUCUAUUUGGGUAACACUGACUUGCCUUUCCUUGUAGUACUGCAGCAAUAAGGCUAAUUUCAGACAAGCGUGUCCUGUGCGGAAAUCAUGCUCCGUGUGUGAGUAAUUUCCCAUUAUGGAC